UGAGCAAACAAAGAAAUGGACCAACAAACUCCACAUGAAAAACAUGCAAUUAUUUUCAGACAAUUCUUGGUUUCUUGGAUAGUUUUGAUGACAAUGUCAGCUUCCAUGAUCAAUGCAAAAUGCUCAUUCGAGGCCAUUUUCGCCUUCGGGGACUCGAACACCGAUACAGGAGGUUUUUUUGCUGCUUUCCCAUCUCAGCCAUCUCCUAAUGGCAUGACCUAUUUCAGUAGGCCGACUGGCCGACCUUCUGAUGGGAGGCUGUACAUCGAUUUCCUUACUCAAGCUCUAGGACUGCCAUUUUUGAGUCCUUAUCUACAGUCUGUUGGAUCGGAUUUCAGACACGGGGUGAACUUUGCUACGUCUGCUUCAACUGUGCUGCAGCCAAACACUUCCUUAUUUGUGAGUGGAGUGAGCCCUUUUUAUUUGGCUGUGCAGAUCAACCAAAUGAAGCACUUUAAGGCAAGAGUUGAAGAGUUUAAGUCCCAAGGCCAAACCAAUCUCCCUCAACCAGAUAUAUUUGGGAAAGCCCUCUAUGUGAUCUACAUUGGCCAGAAUGACUUCACCGGCUUUGCAGGCUCAGCCGGUGCAGGCGGGGUUAAGCAGGUCGAGCCUCAGAUUGUGUCCCACAUCACAAGCGCGGUCAAGGAUCUGUAUCGGAUGGGAGGGCGUACGUUUAUGGUCUUAAAUCUUGCUCCGGUAGGCUGCUUCCCCGCCUACUUGGAACACCUCCCUCAUGCAGGCUCAGACAUUGAUCAAUCCGGCUGCAUGGCUUCGUACAACAAUGCUGUCAAAGAGUACAACUCUCUACUUAAAGCAGGUUUGGAGCAAGCCAGGCAAGAGCUUAGUGAUGCCAACUUAUUGUACGUUGAUACCAACUCCGUGCUGCUAGAGCUUUUUACGAACCCCACGUCCCAUGGUACGAGUUAUGGAACCACUGCCUGCUGUGGAUAUGGUGGUGGCUCCUACAACUUCAACCAGCAUAUUUUCUGUGGCUACUCGAAGGUGAUCGAGGGCCGGAAGGCGACAGCCUCUGCCUGUGGGGAUCCUCAGAAUUAUGUGAUCUGGGAUGGAGUUCAUCUCACUGAGGCUGCUAACAAGAUGAUGGCUUAUGCCAUCCUAAGUGGAUCAUAUUUUGAGCCUGCAUUUUCUCUUAAUAACUACUGUGACAUUCAGCCUAUUGGUUGAUUUGUGAAAUUGCAUAUAUUUUGUAACUCAGAUUUUAAUAAAAUCAUUUUCUAUA